AUGGGCUGCGGACCUUCCCAGCAAGCAGGGGACCGGAGCCAGAGCCACGUGCCCUCACCCAGGAAGGGCUGGGAAGAGGGAUCCAAGGCUAGUGACAGAGUGACUUCUUCCAAAGAGAACUGCAGCCCCAAAACGGAAGCUGCAUGGCCCAAGGACACGGCAGACAAUGCUGAAAAUCUAGACCAGCAAACCCAUAUGGGAAGCCUGCCUGGGACUAUUCCAGAAAGCUCUCCACCUCCUAGUGAAAUAAAUGGGAGAGUAAAUUCAGACUCAGUUGCCAAUGGGAUAAUCAAUAAACCCCAACUCCUGGAAAGUUGGGAAAGACCAAAGUCAUCAGACAUCCUGGAAGAGUUAAUUGUCCAAGGAAUCAUACAAAGUCGAAGCAAAGUAUUUAGAGAUGGAGAGUCGUAUGAUGUCAUGGUGGACACGACUGAGAAGCCACUGAGAAAGCCGCCGGCCAGACUGAAAAAACUUAAGGUGAAGAAAGAGGUAAAAGAUUUCACAAUCCAAGACAUAGAGGAAAAGAUGCAGGCGGCCGAGGAGCGCAGAAAGACCAAAAAAGAAGAAAUAAGAAAACGGCUACGGAGUGACCGGCUCCUGUCCGCCGCCAACUCUUCAGAUGCAGCUGAACCAGGAAGGGCAGAGGCUCCGUUUGCAGAAGGUCUCCCAGGUGUGAGCACCCCUGCUUCGCAGAGGUCCUACACACAGGAAGGAGAGCCACGCAAAAGGAAGAAAAGUGGAAAUGAUGUGGCCCAGAUGAAUAGGGUUGACUCCUAUGCGGGUUUGGGGACUGUGGAGUCAGACAUGUAUUACAACCGAGAGGACGACAUAUUCUAAUAGUCCACUUUCAAAAUGAAUCUCACCAAGGGGUCCAUUACUUCCAGUUGCAACAGUCUUAGUGCGUCUCGUGGUCUUUAGGAAGUGACUGUGGCUCUACUCGUUGACAUUGCUGCCCUGGGUUUAGGGCUCAUUGUGGGAGCAGCAAGGGGAUGAGUUUCCGUUGAGUGAAUUAAAGGCUAUACUUACCCAUGAGGGAUGGGGGAUCACAAGGUUGCUGUUCUCCUUCAGAGUGCCUUCCAGCAUUAGCUAGAGGUCUUAG